AUGAUGUUGGCAAGUUGUAUUAUUCUGUUGAUUAAUUUACAAAUUAUUUGGUGUGAAAAUAUAGAAAGUUGCAAAAAUCAACGGACUUGCAGCCAAUGUAUUCAACAAUUUGGAUGUGCAUGGUGUCCCACUUUAAACAACUCCACCGAUCAUUGCGUGGAUAAAAUAUCAGCAACAUGUGCCGACGUAGUAUCACCAAAGUCCCUGUUGGCCAUCACAAAAGACGAACCGUUGUCACAAAAUUUGAACGCUCCAGUCACACUGAAACCGCAACGCUUCUCCAUCGAACUACGCAGAAACGAGGAGUUCAAACUGAACUUCGAAUAUGAACAAUCGCCCGACUUCCCCAUGGAUCUGUACAUCUUAAUGGACAUGUCGGUCUCGAUGAGGGAACACAAAAAAGUCCUUGGUGAAGUGGGUGUCAAAAUGUCGAACACAAUACGCAACCUGACACGAAACUUCCGACUGGGUUUCGGGAGUUUCGUCGACAAACCCGUUCCACCCUAUUUGAUUCCGAACGGUGACUAUCGUGGUGUGGCGUUUCCCUACAGCUUUAAAAAUCACUUAUCUCUAACGGAAGACUAUCACAAAUUUAAUGAGAGGGUACUCAAUACUGAACUUUCAAAAAACUACGAUUUUCCUGAAGGUGGACUUGACGCAAUGAUUCAAGCGAUGGUGUGCACUGACGAAAUUAAGUGGAGGAAAAAUGCUACGAAACUUCUCGUUCUUUGUACUGAUAGUAUCUCUCAUCUCGCUGGUGAAGGAAAACUUGCAGGUAUCGUGGAGCCGAACGAUGGAGAAUGCCACAUGAGAAACGACGAAUAUGAAACGGAAGCCAGCUUAAAAUACGACUAUCCUUCGCUUUCUCAAUUGAAUUACAUUUCUGAAAGGGAAAAUAUCAAUUUGUUGUUCGCAAUUACGAAUAACUAUGUUAUAGGUGAAUACGAAAAUUGGUCGCCAAUUUUAAAGAAGGCGAACGUGGGAGAACUGAAGGCUGAUAGUAAACAAAUAAUCGACUUCAUCGUCAAUAAUUAUAAUAGGAUCGUCGGUUCACUAAAGAUGUCAACGAACGCAACGAGCGACGUGGAUGUAAAAUUCGACACGGAUUGUCCCCAUAAAAUAGACAACGGUUGCGAGAACCUAGAGAAAAAUCAAAUUGUUCAAUUUACGGCAACGAUCAAAGCCACCGAGUGUUCCACAUCCGGCGAAAACACCAAAUACAUCUCUUUCAAACCUCAAUCCGUUACUGAAGAAAUCGUUGUCGAACUGAAGAUAAUUUGUGAUUGCGAUUGCGAAGAAUCCGAUUAUCCGACCGUGGUCAACAAUUCGAUAAAGUGCACCCAACACGGAGACGAAAAAUGCGGGGUGUGUGUCUGUCAUCCGGGCUACUACGGUAACACAUGCGAGUGCACCGGCACUUCCACACGAUUCGGCGAUGUAACCGGCUGUCAGGCUUCCACAAACGAUUCGAUUUGUUCCGACUUGGGUACGUGUGACUGCGGUGAAUGUCGCUGUGUCACUUACGAUGACGAGAGAAAAGUUUGGGGGAAGUUUUGCCAGUGCAACAACUACGACUGCGAGAAAUCGAUCACCGGAAAACUGUGUUCUGGAAAUGGGAAAUGCGAGUGCAACAAAUGCGUGUGCAAAUCGGGAUGGACAGGGGACGCUUGCGACUGUUCGCUGAGCAACGAUACCUGCAUCUUCCGACCAACACGUAAGUUGUGUUCCGAACAUGGCACGUGCCAAUGUGGCAAGUGCUUGUGCGAAGCUGGAAGGUCCGGACACUACUGUGAGGACUGCGAUAGUUGUCCUUCGCUAAGAUGUGAUGAAUUGGCUCCAUGUGUUGAAUGUCUCACUGAUCUGAAAACUGACAACAAGAAUUGUAUCACUGAAUGUAUUGAAUAUGGUACAAAUAUGUUUGACAAAAUGGAUGAGUUUACUGUUCCUGGAAAAAGUUGUAUGAUUCAGGAUAAAGACGGAUGUACUAUAAAUUACCAAUACAGAUAUGAUGAUGAAAAGCUUAUCCUGGAUAUUUCGAGAGAACGUACACUUUGUCCGGUUAAUAUUUAUGCUUUGAUUGGUGCAGUGAUAGGAACAAUGUUGUUGGCCGGUCUCGUGAUGUUGUUGAUUUGGAAACUAUUGACAAGCGUCCAUGACAAAAGGGAGUACAGCAAAUUCAUAAAAGAACAGUCCGCCAUGAAAUGGGGUCGCAAUGACAACCCACUCUACAAGAAUCCCUCGAAUACUUUCCAAAAUCCCGCUUUCGGGCGCAGAAGUAUGCGUCUCUCCAACUCCUAAUUGUUCAAAUGUCAAUGGUGUUGCAAAAAUUAUUAUGUAAUUGUGUUGCAAACCGAAAUUUAUAUUAUUAUGCACAGUUACAUAAUAAUUAAGUGAAGAUGCAUUUAUGUUAAUUAAUGAAUAAAUUUUGGAAUAAAUUAAAAAAAUAAAAUAAAUAAAAACUAUAUUCAAACAAAACAGAAACAACUAUGUACUUAAAACGUUCAAUAUCUUCGUUGUUGUCCUAUUCGAACAACGAGAUCCUCACGAUCUUCUUCGGGAUGAGCAGCGUUCCAGGCCAAAGAUUUUUGUAUGGCUAAUGGAAUUGGCGGUGGAGUGGGAAGGUCUCCUGAGGGGUGGAAACCGGAAUCGUCUGCCACAUAGCUCAUCACGACCUGCUUUCCUUCUGGUGACGUGUAGGAGUAGUCACCCUGAACUUCUAGCACAGCAUCUGGGCCGGAUCCCCUCUGCUUACCUAAUUCCUGAGCUGUUAUUCCAUUUUCUGUCUGG